AUGUAUGACCCGUCGGAAGCACAGCUGAGCGAGGAUGAACGUUGGCUUCAAGAGGAGGGAGUGCCGACCUUGGACCAACCUUUUCUUGCAAAGUACCUUGACGGCCGUGAUGCACUGGUGGCGCAAGAGAAGCGCCAGCGAAGUGACCAUGCUUUCAGAGAAACACUCUCCCCCAUGGCAGCCGAAGCGGCUGCGAUAGUGUCCGCGAUUCGCUUUGAAGAGCAACAAACUCUGUGGAACCCGCAGUUUGAGGACAAUCUUGCUAAGGGCGAGCCGCUAGAAGUGCAUCCUGGAAUGAUGUUCAACCUUGCUAAAGAGCGUAUGGAGUCGUCCAAGCUAUGGAAGAUAGUGAAGAAGAUGCCCAAAGGCGCUCUUCUACAUUGCCAUCUGGGAGCCAUGGGCGAUCUUGACUGGCUAAUCAACGAAGCAUUUCAGACGGAAGGGAUCUGUCUCAGCGCAACAGCCCCACUUGCUUCGUCGAUUGCACGCGAAGAAGCACCCUUCAUGUUCAAGUAUGUCAACAACCCUACUGCUGAUAGCCAUAGCUCGCUGUGGAGCGAAACCUAUCAAAGCCCGUUGCCCAUACCCAUUGCUCAGGCUGCCGAAGCCUUCCCGGGUGGCAAGCAACCCUUCAUUGACUGGUUGAAGUCCAGAGUGUCUGUGUCACGGGACGAGUCAAUUCAACAUCAGCUCGGCCCGAAUGCAAUAUGGCGAAAGUUCACGUCUUGCUUCCCAAUUCUAGGCUCCUUACAGCUUUACGAGCCAAUCUUCCGCAAGUUCGUCCGUAAUGUUUUGCUAGAACUGGUCGAGGAUGGUGUGCGUUGGGUCGAUAUGCGUACCAUCCUGACAGCAACUCUAACGAGAACCGGCGCUACGAAGCCGGACGAUGACUGCGAAGGCCUGCUGUCAGCGCUGCAGGAGGAGAUCGAGGCCUUUAAGCAAUCGGAAGAAGCUCAAGGCUUCUGGGGCGCUCGACUGAUCUGGACAACAAUCCGUUCGCAAAACAGUCGUGCUAUCAUAGAGGACAUGAAGUCCUGCAUAGAGAUGAAGUUGCUUUUCCCAGACCUCAUUGCCGGCUAUGACCUCGUCGGACAAGAAGACCUCGGUCGUCCACUAGUGGAACUUACACCUGAGCUGUUCUGGUUUAGAAAGCGAUGUGCUGAAGAAGGCGUCGAAAUUCCGUUCUUCUUUCACGCUGGUGAAACGCUUGGCGACGGUGACACCACGGAUGAGAAUCUUUUCGAUGCUGUCUUGCUCGGUACACGCCGCAUCGGACAUGGAUUCUCGCUCUUCAAGCAUCCUCUCCUCAUCGAAAUGAUAAAGGAUAAGAAGAUUCUAAUAGAGAGCUGCCCGGUCUCGAACGAGGUACUCCGCCUAACAAGUAGCAUCAUGUCGCACCCUCUCCCAGCCCUACUCGCUCGUGGCGUGCCCUGCUCACUCUGCAACGACGACCCGGCGAUUCUUGGUCAAGGCAAGAGCGGCAUGACGCACGACUUCUGGCAAGCGCUGCAGGGCUGGGAAAAUCUUGGCCUGGAAGGUCUGGCAAGCCUAGCGGAGAAUAGCGUGCGCUGGGCUGCUUUCGAAGACUGCUCGUCGAGAGAGUGGCAGCAAGAGAUCAAAGCUGGAGCUUUUGGAGACGGCAUAAAGGCAGACCGCGUGAAGGAGUGGGCACGCGACUUCGAGAAGUUCUGCCAAUGGGUUGUGCUAGAGUAUGGCGCGGAUCAAGACAUAAACACGUUGGAUUGA